AUGACAGCAAAAUCACCCAAAGUUACAAUGGAGGAAAACUUCCGGGAAUACUGUCUGAAUACUACGAUUCAUGGAUUAAAAUACGUUGGAACUAUCGGCUUAUCUUCAUUUGAGCGAAUCUUUUUCACAAUAUCCUUCAUCUCGGUGUCGAUUCUAUCAAUCUAUUUCAUCACCAACGUUUACCAGAAGUGGCAAUCGACACCGAUUAUCAUAGGUAUGAAUCCUAUCGCAACGCACAUCCGGAACAUUCCCUUCCCGGCGGUCACGAUCUGUAACAUGAACCAGGCGCGUCGUACUGCAGCCGAAAGGAUCACACCGAACAGUGUCGAACAGAUGGUGCUGGACAGUAUUUGCUCGUUGGAUGGCGACGUCAACCUAACGAGCUACGAAGGAAAGUGGUCCGUCGUGCGAAAGCUACUGCUGAACGCAACACAGCCUUGUCAUCAAAUGAUUCGGGGCUGUCGUUAUGCGCAGAAAGUACAACAGUGUGACCAUAUGUUUCAGCCUGUACUGACCGAUGAGGGUCUGUGCUGUACGUUCAACGCAGUGGAUCCUUCGUUUUUGUUACAGCACGAAGAUCUGACAACAGAACAAGUGACUGACCCGACCAAUCCGUUCGAACCGAUCGAGUGGACACCGGAGGGAGGGUUUGUUGGAGUCAGAACUAACAGAAGUUUUCCUAGGGCUAUCGCAGGCACUGGUGCACAUAUGGGUCUGACCGUCAUCCUGGACGCCAACGUCAACGACUACUUCUGCUCAUCUACCAGUUCGUACGGAUUCAAACUUUUACUGCACAACCCAACGGAAACACCCAAGAUGGCCGAAUACGCCCAAUACAUCAAAGUCGGCUCUGAAAACCGAUUAGUCGUGAACCCGAAACUAAGCGACGCAUCCUACCUAAUCCGUAAGGUAUCACAACCCCAGCGGCAGUGUGUCUUCGCCAACGAAGCCAACCUCUCCUACUACCGGACGUAUUCGAGAAACAACUGUGAAAUGGAGUGCGAAGCUCGACUGAUUCAGGAAAACUGCGGCUGUGUACUGUACUACAUGCCGAAGCUUCAGGAAGACACUAAGAUUUGCGGUAAGGCCGAUGCCGGUUGCUAUGAAGAGAUCAGAUCAUCGAUCGCAUUCACAGCGAACACCAGUCUAAUGUGCAGCUGCUUACCGGGGUGUUUCGAGAUUAGUUACUCCUCCGAUCUUUCGACUGCGCAGCUUUGUGUUGGAAAGUUCAAGGUUCGUGAGAAGCUGUUGACACAGAACGAUUCGUAUGCUCGAGAAAACAUUGCAUUAAUAUACAUUUUCUUCUCGGAGACAUACUUCAGAAGUUUGAUCAAGGGUGAACUGGUGGGAUUCACGGAUUUCCUGUCCAAUAUAGGUGGUCUGCUUGGUCUGUUUAUGGGCUUCUCGCUGAUUUCUCUAGCAGAAGUGAUCUAUUUUAUGACUCUAAGACCACUCUUUGCCAAGCGAAGGGAAAAGGAAAAGCAACUAAAUCGUGAUCGAGAUUUCAACCUGUUCUACAGUAAUGCAUUUCAGUAUCCUCACAAAUCCCAACGUCGUGUGCAGUUUAUCGAUGACGCAAACCCUGUACAGAACUUUCCAAGGCAAAUGAAACAAUUUGUCGUCGCAAUAGCGCAGCAAGCAUCCGAUUGGCUAACGAGUGUCCUUCGAAUUCGUAGAACUUCUUUGAACAGUAACAAAACUUUCCCCUUCUAUGAAUAAUACGAUAUAAUAUUGAGGCUAAACCCUAUGCACAACGGA